AUGAAUCUACUUUACGAUUAUAAUAUCAUUGACAGGUCAGUCAAAUUUGUGAUAGGCCAUUUGAUGGCAGAUCCAGAUUACAAUUACUUUAACAAUCUUACUGAAAAUCAGUUACAGGAAACGUAUUGGCAGGAACUAAUGGAAACAAACGAACCUGAAGAACUGAUUAAAAUACAAUAUGAAGGAGAUAAAGUGAAAUCUAAGUUCAAUUUGACUCUCGAAAGAAGAAAGCUAAUAUUGUUGAUAUUCAGUUUCCAUAAUAUUUCUCCUGCAAAUUAUUUUAGUUGUUUCAUCAAAGAAUAUAUUACCAGUGAAGAUUAUGAGUUUGAUCUAACCGAUAUCAUUGCAGAAGGUUUUAAGUAUAUCAAUAACGAAGGCUUUAGUUAUAUUGAAACUGAAGUGAAACGUAGAACAACGGAAAGUGAAGAAUUGAUUAUCGAAUCAAUCCAAAAAGCCAUUAAAAGCCUUUUUAGCAUAUCCUGGACUUUGAAGAUUCCAAUCCUGUUAGGAAUCUCAACUGAAAAUGAAUCCACUGGAGCAAUAAAGCUGACUUCAAAAUCAAAGUUUACUUACAUUUCCGGGAAUAUAUUUGAAGAUCAUUUCCAAAUUGAACAGAAUUUUGAUGAAUCAGAUAAUGGUGAAAUCCCAGAUGCGUACUUAGACCUUCUAAUUGCAGAUUUCAAAAUUGAUGCUUAUUUGUUAGCAAAAUUUACUAAUAUUGGGUUUGAAAUAGGACUUUUGGAUGUUGAAACUGAAGCAUCAGUUUCACAUAUUCUUUAUCAAUACGUUCUUAAACAUACAGGGCUUAUAUUAAAUGCAAUUUUUUCUGAAAAGGAAAGACAGAGAACUAUUACUAUGCUACUGAAAUUUGGUAUAGAUCUAAGAAUAAUACCAAACUAUGGAUUUGUUAAGAGUGACAAUAAGACUAAACUAAGUGUUCCGAUUGAAAUUAAGAACGGUAACAUAUUUGAUGCUUACAAAAGCAGAAAGCUGAAUCCGAAGAAGUUUUUAUCAUUAUUCAAUCAGGUUGUAUUCCAGUUAGCUAGUUAUGGUUCAAAUAUAGGUAUCGCAUUAGAUUUGGAAUCAAUAUUUUUAGUCCAAUUGAGAGCUAAUCAGGAUUCAUCAAGAUCAAAAAAUUCUGAUGGUGGUCUGUAUUUCUUGAAUUCCAGAGUUAAAUGCAUGAAACACUUCGAAUCGAAGUAUAACUCUAAGAUUAUUAUUCUUAUUCUCUUACAUAAUACCUUCAAAACCUUAACUAAUGAGGUUGCAGAAUCUAUAAAGAAUAUAAUGAAAAAGUUUAAAUUACCUGAAGAAGAUAAGACUUUGGUGAAACAAUGGCAGCUUGAUUUUUUAAGGUCGGAUUGGAUAUCUAGAUUUCAAAAUUAUGUACUAAAUGAGGAUGGAGAUUACGUUCAUCCUAUUGAGAAAUCAGUUAUCAUUCCAGGAAAAUGUUUUAGAGGCACUGAGAUGAUCAAUUGGAAUACUCCAACAUUAAAGGAAGAAGAUUUUGAAAUUGGCGAAAGCUUGCAUCCAGAAUCGAAAACACUGAGUAACUAUAUAUAUCUUUCCACAGUUUCAAAGGUGAAGUAUAAAGGAGUUCCGAACAAUAAAAAUGGACUUGUGUUGAAAGUUUACAAUCCAAUUAUGAGUCCCCAACAAGGAGUAAUGCCCAAAUACGUAUUUUUAGAAACAUACUCUUGUAUUAUCAGUUCUUAUCUUUUGGAGGUUCAAGCUUAUAACACGGUGAGUCAUGCAAGUCCACUUGGUAUAUCAGAGGAUAAAUCCUCAGUUGAUAACACCUAUCAAGGAGUAAAUUACAUUCCGCACCUUUAUCAAACAGGCUUCUGUGAAUUCAAAAAUGCUGCUGAAUUUCAGGGGAUGUAUUUAUUACAGGAAUUUAUAAAACCAGGAAAAGAAUUGACAGGGGAAGAAUUAUUCGAAAAGGCAUCGAUCGCUUUAACUGACAUCCAUGCUCAUGGUGUCUUGCAUGGUGACGUUCAUCCUGGAAACUUUAUCUAUAACUCAGAAAAGGAUCGUGUAUUCUUUAUUGACUUUGGAUUCCUGCGGAUCCUUAAAUUCAGAAAUUUCAAACCUUCUCAAGAAAAGAGUCUUAAGAUAAAGGAAAUGAUGGAUUUGGCAAAGGCUUGUGGUGUUCGAGGUAAUAAUCAAGUUCAAAAACUUGAAUCUAUUAAAUAG